AUGGCAGAUCAAGUGAAUCAGAAAAUACAUCCAGUCAUGGAUCCCGAAAUGCCGCCGACGACGCCUUUAGUACCGGAAGGUUCAACGUCCGAAAAAGGCGAUCCUAUCGAGCAAUACCCUCCACCAAUACUACUCCGGCGGAUGUAUCCGGUGGCGCCGAAGAAAAGAAGAAGUUGUUGUUGCAGGUGUUUUUGCUGGACAAUUAGUCUUGUCAUACUACUAGUGAUUAUCAUUGCAGCUGUUCUUGGUAUUCUCUAUCUGGUCUUCCAACCAAAGAUUCCAUCAUACACCAUUGAUAGGUUAACCAUUACUGACUUCUCUAUAAACACAAAUUCAAGCCUCUCUGCUACAUUUAUUAUUAGGCUUAAGUUUUAUAACCCAAACAAGAAAAUUGGAAUUUAUUAUGAAGAUGGAAGCAAUCUUACUGCUUGGUACAAUACCACAAAGCUCUGUGAAGGUUCUUUGCCAAUAUUCUAUCAAGGUCACCAGAAUACAACUAUGUUUGAUGUUGAAUUAACUGGUCAGAUUGAAGAUGGAACUACUGUUCUGCAACAAUUAUCUCAGCAACAACAAACUGGUAGUAUUCCAUUGAUUCUUGAUGCUAAAGUUCCAGUCAAAGUGAAGGUUGGGAAACUGAAAUUGAUGAAGAUGAAGCCUCAUGUUAGGUGUAAUGUGGUGGUGAAUAGCCUUUCUCUUAAUAGUUUGAUUAGCAUUAAAAGUAGUAAUUGUAAAUUGAAACUUAAGCUUUAA